GUCGGCCAAUAUGGCGGCGGAAGCAAGCUAUCGUUUUGGGGAGCAUAUUAUCAAGUCUUCCGUGGUGUUUUUUCGCUCAAAACUGUCGUACGGCUUCGUAAACAGAAAACCUGUAGUGCCGGGCCAUGUCCUGGUCGCACCGCUUCGAACCGUGCAAAGGUUUGGCGAAUUAACCGAGGACGAAGUUGCCGACCUGUUUGUGAGCACACAAAAAAUCUCCGGUGUUGUUGAACAGGAGUUUAAGGCGAGUUCGUUGACCGUUGCGGUACAGGAUGGCCCGGAUGCCGGUCAGACUGUCCCCCACGUUCACGUGCAUAUUCUGCCAAGGCGAAAAGGCGAUUUCCAUGACAACGAUGACGUGUAUAAAGUUCUAGAAAAGCACGACCAGGAUGAUUUACCAGAAAGUCGAAAUGGUAUGACGUCGGUUGAUGGAGUCGAAAGAUUUCGUAGCGAAGACGAAAUGUCGCAGGAAGCUGAAAAACUAGCACAAUUCUUCAAAUGACCUUCAUAUGAACCAUUCAAAAUAACUAUUUGUAAUGAAUUUCCGGUUCUUACAAGCUUGUCAAUUAAAUAAUACUAGAAAUACUAUUAUUAUACAUGAAAUUUUGGUCAAUUAUUUGUGAUAAAAAUAAAAA